UUUUUUUUUUUUUUUUAAAUUUUUUGAGGUGGUCUAUGCAAUUAAAUGAUUUUAGGGACCCGUCGUGUAGCUUUUCAAAAGCUAGAAGGACUAUAGUUGGUAAUAAUAAUUUAGUCUUAAGUGAAGGGUAGUUUUGAAAGUCAUAGCAAAGCUGAAGGGUAAAAGUUGUAAUUUUGUAUAAUUAAAGGCCUCCUUUUUAGCGGAGGAAUGCUUGUCACCUACUCCUCCCCUUCAUCAAUCUCAUGCUACACCGCUAGAGAGAGAAACAAGGAUCGCACCUCUGUACCUGUACAGAGAGAAACAGCACACACAUACUACACACACACUGCGUGUAGGAUCUCUUCCAUGGAGGGAAGAAUGUGUAAGAUAUGUAAUAAGGUGUUCUCUAAUGGCAGAGCUUUGGGUGGUCAUAUGAGAUCUCAUUUAGUCACCUUACCCAUUCCAUGGAAGAAACCAAUUCAUGCGUUGCAACUCAGUAGUCGCACCACAACCGACUCAACUACUUCAGCUUCACUAUCAUGUGAUCAUUCGGAGGAUGACGAAGACCAGGAGAAGAUUUUGAUGUACGGAUUAAGGGAGAAUCCUAAGAGAAGCUUCAGAGUGGCGGAUCCGGAGUUUAUGGAUCACGGAGGGUCCGGGUUUGUGCUUCAGGAAGACAGGGAGAGUGAGACGGAGGUGAACCGAAAGAUGAAUCCGACUCGGAAGAGAUCGAAGAGAGCCAGGGUUACGCGUUCGGUGAAGGAACCGAGUUUGAGUACUGAUUUGGAACCGGUGAUCAUGAGUUCGGUAUCUGAUCAUAUUAAUUCUGCCGAGGAGGAUGUUGCUCUGUGUUUGAUGAUGCUUUCACGUGAUGUCUUGAGCUUCAUUAACUCAGGCGAGUCUAAUCCGAGCCAGAAUCGGUCCAAGUACCAGUGCGAGACUUGCGACAAAGUGUUCGACUCGUUCCAAGCACUGGGUGGUCAUAAAACGAGUCACCGGAAAAUCGAUAACGAUUUCGCUUUCUCCGGCGGUGGCAACAAGUCUAGGAAGAAUGUAGCUCAGGAUGAUGGGAAAUUACAUGAAUGCCCGUAUUGUUAUCGGGUGUUCGGGUCGGGUCAAGCAUUGGGUGGGCAUAAGAGGUCACAUGUAUUGGGCUCAUCAACAACAACUGCUUCAGACUCUUUUGGUGGUAAAGGCGAUGCAAGUGUAAAUUUGGUUAAUUCUACCAAAGCCCAGGGUAAUUUGGUAAUUAUAGAUCUUAACUUGCCAGCUCCAACUGAAGAUGAAGAAAACUCAGCCGUCUCGGAUGCUGAAUUUUACCAAUCCCCGUUGCAUCUUUGACUCUGCAGUGAUGUCAAAUUACAUACCCUUCUACCAAAGCCCAGGGUAAUUCUACCCUUCUCGAUUUGAUUAAAUUUUCUUCUUUGAACCUGAUGUGGGGUAUAUUGGGGAAUUUAGUCCAUUGUCAAAAAGAAAAGAAAAGAAAUUCUGAAAAAAUUUCAGAUACAUGCCUUUGUAUUGGAAUUUUUCUCUCAUGAAGUUAUCUUCUCGGCUUCUCCUAUAAAUUAUUAUUAUUUUUUA